UUGUCACUUUUAUAUUUUCUUAAGUAAUAUGCGAUAAAUCUUUUAUAAGAAUGUCCAUACUUUCCAACGGACAUUAAUCAUAACACCACAGGGGCGGUCACGUAAGUUGUGUCAAGGCGCAUCCUCGCUUUGCUUUCAGUCGAUGCUAGGCACGUUGACCAUACACCAGGGCAGUAGCCGAGUUUGCAAAUGACAGUUGUUAUUAUGCCAUGGCUUCCGGAAUAGAUCUUAUAUUUUCAGCGGUUUGCAACGCAAGCUUUUGCGAAAAUGUAUACAACAAUCCAACAACUGGGUCUCGUUCGUCAUACGAGAAAAAUGAAAUGAGUUUGACCCACGAUCUCAACGGAAAAUUGUUAAGAAUUGGAACUUAUAAUAAUUAUCCAUUGAGCUGGACGAAGACAGAAAGCAAUGGAACGAUUACGGGUCAUGGAGUCGCAUUCGCUAUCGUGGAAAUUUUGCGACAAAAGUUUAAUUUCACUUUCGAGGUCGUGGUCCCGGAGACUAACUAUGAAUUCGGCGGCGGCAGGCCAGAAAGUUCUCUGAUCAAUCUAGUUAACAGUAGUGUAGACAUGGCUGCAGCAUUUUUGACGCGACUGGUAAAGUUCAAUAAAAAGGCAACGUUCUCUAAUGAUUUGGAUGAAGGCGUGUGGAUGAUGAUGCUGAAACGACCCAAGGAAUCCGCCGCCGGUUCGGGCUUGCUCGCUCCAUUUGAAACAUAUGUUUGGUACCUUAUUCUGGCAGCAGUUGUUGCCUAUGGACCGUGCAUAACAUUCCUGACGCGCAUAAGGUCCAAAUUAGUUAGGGAUAAAGAGGGACCCAUAGAUCUGUCAGAGAGUAUUUGGUUCGUGUAUGGAUCCUACAUCAAGCAAGGAACUAAUUUAGCGCCGGAGGCUAACACAACCCGUGUCCUAUUCGCUACUUGGUGGAUAUUCAUAAUACUACUGUCUGCGUUCUACACAGCUAAUCUGACGGCUUUUCUGACGCUUUCCAAGUUCACCCUGGACAUUGAAAGUCCCAAGGACCUGUACAAGAAAAGCUACAGAUGGGUCGCUGCUGAGGGUGGCGCUGUGCAGUAUACUAUAAGAAAUCCCGACGAAGAAUUAUAUUAUCUAAACAAAAUGGUAUCGAACGGUCGAGCACAGUUUCGUUCUGUUAGUAAAGACGAAGAUUACCUUCCUAUUGUCCGCGCUGGCGCAGUGCUGGUGAAGGAGCAGACAGCUAUAGACCAUUUAAUGUACGGAGAUUACUUGAGGAAGGCCAGGGAGGGUGUCGAUGAAGGCGACAGAUGCACCUAUGUUGUCGCACCACAGUUCUUUAUGAAGAAGCAAAGAGCAUUCGCGUAUCCUAAUAAUACGACCUUGAAGAUACUCUUUGAUACUGUGAUAACGAAUCUCUUGAAAGCGGGUAUAGUGAACUACCUCGAACACCGCGACCUGCCGACCACCAAGAUAUGUCCCCUUGAUUUGCAGUCUAAGGACCGCCAGCUCAGCAACAGGGAUCUUAUGAUGACAUACAUCAUAAUGGCCAUCGGACUGGCGACCGCGACCGCUGUAUUUAUUGGAGAGAUAUCUGUUGCAUCGCGAUGUUUUUCUUCACCGGUAUUCAUCAAGCGAUCGAAAUGUAUGAAUGCAAAUACCAAAGACAAGGACAAUAAAAGAAAAAGGAAAAAAUCCAGAGUAAGAUUUGUUGACCAUAGCUAUGAUGAUAGUCGACCUCCUCCAUACGAUUCGCUUUUUGGCGGCAAACCGCAAUACAAGAUAACUGACAGGACGCAAAGGAAAAUAAUUAACGGAAGGGAAUAUUGUGUUUUCGAUACUGCUAAUGGUGGAACGAGGCUCAUACCUGUUCGUACUCCAUCGGCUUUUCUUUAUCAAUGAAUUGUUGAAUAUUAAAAACAUAUAAAUAAACCUACAAGUUUGACGAUUAAUCGUAAGUCGAUUCGUCGUCAUUUUGUUGGAAAUGACAACAUGGACUUUUUUUUCGCCUAAAUUUGUUCUUCGGAUUAGGUAUAGAUUAUAAAUAUAUGAUUAGAAAGUUUUAUCUUGAUAACCAUUUAGAAUUUAGAUUUUUUGUAGGCAAA